CCUGUGCCCUUCACUAAGAUGGGGAGGGAGGGGAAAGAAUGAUGUCAUCGCAUGACUGUGUUUUUAUGAAUGAAAAGAAUCCUGUGAGUGAGUAAUUCCAGGAAACUCAUAUUACAACUCAGCAGAUCACAGCGCAGAGCCCAGCUCAGCCCUUCUCCUCGGAAAACAACUUCAUUUACAGAAAUAAACAAGACGACUUGAAAGCCGAAUCGGCGAGAAAAAGGAGGAGUUCUCCGAGGAAAUAAAGCACGAAAGAAGGACCGCAAACAAAAGACUGAUUCGAAGGAUUCGUGUGAAGCCACAUCCUUCACUGGCCCUGCUUUGCACCUUCCUGGAGUGUUUUUGCCUGGCUGGAAGGUGUCCUCGAGCUCUGACAAUGCUUGUUGCUUGCCUGGAUGGAAGACAGAAAGGGAUGUGUGAGGGAACACGGAAACUAGUCUACUAUACAAAGUUACAGGCCUUUUCCUGGGGAUCGGCGGGUGUGCGAGGGAAAAUGUCAUCUGACAGCUUGUCAAGCAAAGCCCUAAAGAUCAAGCGGGAAAUGGGGGAGAACACACCGCACCUUUCGGAUGAAGAGCUAAUGGGGUUGUCGGUCCGGGAACUGAAUCACCAUCUGCGUGGCCUGUCCAAGGAGGAGGUGGCGCGGCUGAAGCAACGCCGGCGCACGCUGAAGAACCGUGGCUACGCAGCCAGCUGCCGGGUCAAGCGGGUGUGUCAAAAAGAAGAGCUGCAGAAGCAGAAGACAGAGUUGGAGAGGGAGGUGGAUAAGCUAGCGAGGGAGAAUGCCGCCAUGCGCCUUGAGCUCGAUGCCCUGCGCGGUAAAUAUGAGGCGUUGCAGGGCUUUGCCCGCACAGUCACUGCCCACGGCACUACUGGCAAGGUGGCUACUGCCAGCGUCAUCACCAUCGUCAAAUCUGGCUCCAACCAGCCCACGUACUCCUAGUGUCUGUAAGCCCAAGUUGCGAACUGAGUCCUGUUGCCAUGCCUCUGCCCAGCUCUCGCCUAGAAUGGCUGUUGCUGCCUUGGCGCCCCUCCCUUUCUUCCACUUUUCUUCUGCCAUCCGAAGGAGACAGAAUCGACUUGAAGACAAAAAUGGCUGAAUGUUGAACUUCCUCCUCUGUACCUUUGCCUUUGCUAGGGGAGGGUGGGAAGGUGGUGCCCGACUUGUGUAAUUAACUGUUGGUGUUUAUCCAUGGAUUGGAAUGUAGUGGCCAGUUAAUCCUCUUUUUCCUUUCCCCGUUUCACCUUUGCUAGGUUUUUCUCCUCAAGCCUUUCUGCAUACCUUUAUCCCCAGUUAAUGUCAUGGGGAUGGGCCUAGAGAGUGCUUCUCUGCUAUAAGCUGGGAAUGCAGCUUCAGAGAACCUUUUGAUUGCAAGGUUAGCAAAAGGGAAAUAACCUCUCUGUGAUGGAGCAAACAAGGUUGAAGCCGCUGCCUUUUCCGUAAGGGCUACGGCUGCAGGAUCCAUUCAGGAUGUCACCAAAGCUUAUUUCCAGAACUCUUGACAGUCCAGCUCUCUCAUGGUUCUGGGUGUGUCCUUAUCAUAGCUCUGCCUUCCCUCUUCAAUGUCAUAGACAUUUACUCUUUGUCUCAGAACCCCCCUGCUCUGCUGUCCUCAAUUUUGGGUGAGAACCAGCUAUAACAAGAGCCACCCUCAUCAGACUUGAGCCUUUGAUGAGUGGGACAGCUCGAUAACAGUAAAGGAAAGGGGAAAUUAAUUGCAGCAAGGGACGAGAAAGGUCAGAGGAAGGAGUCAUUGAUGUCCAUGUCAAGAAGACGAGGUCAGUUGCUGGCAUCCCAUCCUAGCAUGAUAGAAAAUGGCAUGCCACAGUAACUAGAAAAGACAACCACUGUCUCCAGCUGUCUCUCUCUGUGUGUAACGCUAGUUCAUGUACAUGUUUUGUUGUAAUGGUGCUCUUGAACUAAGGUUUAUUGUCUCUGGCAUGGGAUGGAAGCAACAUCCUAAAGAGGAAGAGCAAGUGAGGGAAAGUAAAGAGGGAGUGUGGUGGGAGGAGGCAGGAGAAUGAAGGGUAAAGCAAGUGAAAUAGUUGGGAUGGGGAAGGAGAAAACAGGAUUAUGACGGAAAUCCUGGGCAAAGCCUUUUGGUUCUAGUGUGAACAGUUUGCAGAGGAAUAGCUGUGGUAGCCUGUCACCCAAAUUUUUGCAGCAUGCAUGUUUGAGUGAUGGGUAUGAUAAUUUGGGAACAAAGAGGAGGCACAGUUUUUUCAGUUAGAGAAAACCCCAGCCUGGUCCACAAAUGUCCCUUUAUUAUACUAGAUCACUUUGUGUGACCAUAAAUAGCAAGUGUUUGGAGAGGGUGGGAAUUCAAAUACAUUGGAGACAAUCUUCCAUAUUUUCUUUCCAUCUUUCUCAUCUAAUGGAAAAUCUAGAACCAGGAGAAUUUAACUAUGAAGAGGGUUGAUCCAACCUAAGAGGCUGUACAGGCAGCUGCCUAGGGCAGUAGGAUUCAACAGACUCUACCCUAGGGAUGGACACUCUGUGGCCCUUCAGCUCUUGUUUGAUUACAGCUCCCAUCAUCCCUGUCCUUUGCUCAUUCUGGCUGGGGUUGUAGUCCAAGAACAGUUGGAAGGCCUCACGUUCCCCUUGUCCAACCUAGAUGAAAGGAAAAGCCUACAAGACCUUUUCCUCGCUCUAUAAGCAAGUGAGGAAAUGUCUGUUUGCUUGUAUGGAAGACAGAAAAGAAGCUGCAUGGGGGAAUGCAGUGAAAUGCAGUUCCACUCCCAACAUUUUCUGGCCCCCUUCCCCCUUCCCCUUUGUUCCAUUCAGUUGUAUAGAACAGGGAAGAGAUGCUGCAACUUGGGGGGUGGGGGAGCAGGAGAAACACAAUUGCCCCACCCCAGUGCAAACAAGCAGAUGUGUGUUUAAGGAUUCAUUUUCACACAGGGCACCAAAAUAGCUUGAACCAGUCCUGGCUGCGCAAACCAAAAUGGAAGGCUCCUCGCCGAAAACAAUUUCUGCCCCAGUGAGCAGCACAGACAAAACUUGGCUAGAGAGACUGAGUCAAAGGGGAAGCUGAGCUUUGCUCAGGGGUGUUGAGAGCUUCUGUGGUCCACAGUAUUUAUCCCAUCAUCCUUCUAAGGGCAGAGUCCAAGAUUUAUCUGGAGGGCACCACAUUAGCUAUCCCUGAUACUAGGCCCACCUCACCUGGGAGUAAACCCCACUGAGCUCAGUAGGAUUUUCUUCUGAAUGGACACAAGCACAAGGAGACACUGAAACAUGCUGCUGCAACAACUAAAGCAGAGAGAGGGAAAUGCAUUGAUGACCAGUCAGCAUUUGGGAAAGUCUUUUCUCUUUUCCCAGGAGUCAUGUUUAAAUGCCCACUAGAUUACUGUUUGCCCCCUGAGAAUGGGCAGUGGUGCUGUUUGGAAACCCAAUGCAGGCUCAGUUUAAACAUGUUGCUGAGUAGGUUUUUUAAAUAUAUACACCUUACUUAGCCAAGCUUCCAUGAAGCUAUUGUCCCAUUUAAACCAGGUUACCUGCAUCUCCAUAUAGAACACUGGCAUGUUAGGCAUCCAUGGGCCAGAUGUGGCACAGCACCUAAUGCUCAUUUCUAAACCAACAUGGACAAGCAGUUUCAGCCCAUCCACCAUGAAAAUCAGGCUAGCAUCUAGGUUCAAGCAGGGAGCACAAGAGAAAAAACUUGUAUGCCAACCAGGCACCCUCUGGAUGUUUUGGAUUACAAUCUCAUCAGCACUAGAAGGCCGGGUCCACCACCUCUUUGAUAAUUUCAGGAUGUUGGCAAGGGAACAUGUCAUGGAUGGCUUGAGUGCAGGUGGCCCUGAAAGGUCGGGGGGGCAUUAGAUUGGAUGAGUGUUGAAGGUACAUUCCACCGUUAAGUAUAUAUGCUAAUAUAGGAACCAGUGAGUAUUUAUGGGCAGUCACUUCCAGGCAUGUACCACAAUGACUUAUUUAAAUGGCAAACGAGUGACCCUUUAAUUUCUUUAGACAUAUGGUUGGGUUCACCCAUCCUGCAGCUUACAAUGACAUCCAACACCAUGAUGGAAUCAGCUUCCAAACCAGUGUUGUCCGUCUAUCCUUCCAUCCACCCUCCCCUCUCCACCCUUUGAUGAUGCUUAUGGAGGUUCCCUCGUUAGCAUUUCUUCCCACCCCUAUUUCUCCCUGCUCCUACCUGUGAUUUAUUUAUUGCACGAUAUAAGUUAUUUUUCACGUCCUUUAUGCCAUUCCGCCUUGUGGCACGGCCAGGAUGUUGGUACAGAGCCGUACUUUAUAUUUUAUAUAUGCAAAUCACAUUUUAUCUUCUAUAGAGCAAGAAAAGUACUUAUUUAUUUUCUGACUUACAGUAAGUGUCCUGCCAGACUCCUCUGUAUUUUGUAGACUUUACAAAUAAAGCCAGAUUUUUUUUUCAAAA